AUGAAGAUCCCGCAGAAGAUUCAGGCGGCAUUAGAUGAGGGAAGGAAGGUAUUCUCGUUCGAGUACUUUCCUCCCAAGACCGCUGAUGGCGUGGAGAAUCUCUUCGAUCAUCUGCGUGGAGACGUCGAUGCAUAUGACGUGCACCAACAUGCCCGUGGAGCGCAUCGACCACGCGCUCCUUUGUCCCUUAACCUCCCCCUCUCCCCCCCCUCCAACCACUCCCCGUCUCUCUCCCCAUCUACCCUCACCGUAGAUCUGCGUGGAGACGUCGAUGCAUCUGACGUGCACCAACAUGCCCGUGGAGCGCAUCGACCACGCGCUGGAGCACAUCAAGGGUUGAUUCAUAACACUCUUCUCCCUCGUGUGUCCCUCAACCCCUCUUCCCCCUCUUCACCACAGAUCUGCGUGGAGACGUCGAUGCAUCUGACGUGCACCAACAUGCCCGUGGAGCGCAUCGACCACGCGCUGGAGCACAUCAAGGCCGCCGGGCUGCAGAACGUGCUCGCGCUGCGCGGCGACCCCCCGCACGGCCAGGACAAGUUCGUCGCGGCGGAGGGCGGCUUCUCUUGCGCGCUCGACUUGGUGAAGCACAUUCGCGCCAAGUAUGGCGACUAUUUCGGAAUCACGGUUGCUGGAUAUCCAGAGGCGCAUCCUGACGCCAUCAGCGGCCCUGACGGUGCGACGCCAGAGGAGUAUCAGAAGGACCUGGAGUACCUCAAGGCCAAGAUGGAUGCAGGCGCGGACUUGAUUGUCACGCAGCUGUUCUACGACGUGGACAUCUUCCUCAAGUUCGUCGCGGACUGCCGUGCCAUGGGAGUGAGCGAGCCCAUCAUCCCGGGCAUCAUGCCCAUCACCACGUACGGCGGCUUCAAGCGCAUGACCGCCUUCUGCAAGACCAAGGUCCCCCAGAGCAUUCUGGACGCGUUGGAGCCGAUAAAGGAUAACGAGGAGGCUGUUAGGGCGUACGGCAUCCAACAAGGCACGGAGGUGUGCCGGCGCAUCCUGGAUGCAGGCAUCCACACCCUGCACAUGUACACGCUCAACCAGGACAAGACCACCAUCGCCAUCCUCAAGAACCUGGGGCUCAUAGAGGCGUCCAACAUCCCUCGUGCGCUGCCGUGGCGGCCAGCCACUAACAUCGUCCGAUGCACAGAGGACGUGCGCCCCAUCUACUGGUCCCUGCGCCCCAAGAGCUACCUGGCGCGCACGGCAGCGUGGACCAAGUUCCCCUCUGGGCGCCUGGGGCCAGCAGAGGCGCUGUCGUACAGCGACCUGCCCGCCAAGCACAGGGCUUUCCUCAAGAGGAAGUCGCGGGCCACUGCUCUUGCCAGGGACUGGGCUGUGCCUGUUGCGUCGACAGAGGACGUGAAGCAGCUCUUUGCUCGGUUUGUGAGUGGCGAGGUGAGCAGCUUCCCCUGGAGCGAAGCAGUGGAGGCCUCCCUCUCUGCGGAUUCGGCUCCCAUCAGCGCUCAGCUGCAGGAGCUGAACGCGGCUGGGCUGCUCACCAUCAACAGCCAGCCUGCUGUCAACGGCGCCAAGUCCGACGACCCUGUUCUCGGCUGGGGAGGCCCCGGGGGGUACAUCUACCAGAAGGCUUAUGUGGAGUGCUUCGCCCCACACGACAAGGUCACUACUCUCCUCGAGAAGGCCAAGGCCACGCCCUCCAUCUCCCUCAUGGCCGUCAACUCGCAAGGCCACGUGCUCGCCACCGGCCCCGGCACGCCCGCGUCCACCACGCCGUUCUCGGCAAACGCGGUCACGUGGGGGGUGUUUCCGGGGAGAGAGGUGGUGCAGCCGACAGUGGCGGAUUUCAUGUCGUUCCUGGCGUGGAAGGAAGAGGCGUUUGGCGCGUGGGUGGACGACUGGGCGGGGCUUUACAAGGAGGACGAUGAGGAGGGCACACCGGUGGCCAAGAAACUGCUCCAAGAGAUCCAUGACACAUACUACCUUGUCAGCGUCGUUGACAACGAUUACGUCAACGGUGCCAUCUACGUGGUGCAAACGCUGCACGUCCUGGCGCCCGUGCAUGUGGGCGAGCAGCCAGGUGCCAUCUACGUGCCGCAGAGGCUGCGUGUCCUGGCCCCCGUGCAUGUGGGCGAGCAGCCAGGUGCCAUCUACGUGUCUCAGACGCUGCGCUUCCUGGCUCCCGUGCGUGUGGGUGAGCAGGUGAACAGCUUCAGGCAACACAGCAACCCCACCCUUCUCCAACCCUCCUCCAACCUCCCUCCAACACCCCUGUCCCUCUUCCCCAUGCCCUUCAGCCCGCCAGGUGCCAUUUACGUGUCGCAGACGCUGCGCUUCCUGGCGCCCGUGCACGUGGGCGAGCAGGUGACGGCGAGUGUGGAAGCAAUUUCAGUCGUGGCGCACCGGCACAGGUUCAGGGUCACAUUCGCAUCCAAGGCAUUCAAAACGCCGCGUGUCACACCAGCAGCAGCAGCGGAUGCGUCAACAUCAGGGGAUGUAAGCCCCCCCCGGCCUGUGCUGGCAUUAGAUGGCAUUGCAGUCGCCAUCAUCCCCCCUCUCAACAGAGACCCACCCAAACCCAUGGAGUGUAGAGACGACUUGUUGCGUACUGGUUUGCAAUCACUGUAG